UAGUGUCGUCUUCUUCUCGAACUUGAACAAAAGCCCUUCUGUCUCGUUGCCCCUAAGGAUCCUCUCAUUUCUCAUCAAUUUUCAAUUUUACACCAUGGAUUACGAACAAGACUUCGGAGAUCGCGUGCCUCCCUCCUUUGAUUCGAGAAACAUGGGGGUGGAAACUGAAGCCAAAGGAUUCAAUCCGGGAUUGAUUGUCUUACUUCUCGUUGGUGGGCUAAUAUUGGCAUUCCUUGUUGGGAAUUACUUUCUUUACAUGUAUGCACAGAAAACCCUUCCUCCAAAGAAAAAGAAGCCAGUUUCCAAGAAGAAGAUGAAGAAGGAGAGACUGAAGCAAGGUGUUUCAGCACCAGGAGAAUAGACAUUUUGAAGUCUAGGAUUGUACUGGUCUUGAUGAUGUUGAGCUGCUGCAUCCAAAUCUCAUUGAUUAGCAAUGUUGACGGAUGCCUGCACCUUGUGCCGACAUUUUUGUUCUUUUACUUAUUAUAAAACUAGAUAGAACUUGAAAAUUGGAAAUUUUUCCCCCUGUUAUGAAAGAGAACUGUUUUUUGUUUAAAA